GGGUUCAACUUUAGUUGGAAAAAAGUAAAAGUGAAUCUGCAAAAUUCUCAAUGUCCUAAAAGUUCAACUGUAUUAAAAAGACUCCGCCGCUUUGUAGGGGGAGAGACUGUUGUUUGUUUGUUUUUUUAUUUUGUAUAAAAUCAAGAUAGAACGACGAAAGAUAAUAUUUUUUUCUAUUAAGAUCAAUUAUUCUCAAGCUUUUUCUUUCUCUUUUUUUUUUUGGUAUUUUUGAAAGAAAUAUGAAUUGUUUGGCAAUUGCAAAACGAAAAUGGAAUUGUAAAAGUUUUCGCGGACCUUUUGUAUGUCUACUAAGUGUUAUCGUCUACUCAAUGACUACGGCAAACUUUUUCACUUUUGGAGAAUAUAUUCCAGCUUUAAAAGGUUCAAUUACUAAUCAGGAAACUUAUUUAGGUUUAAUAAGUUCGACCGCCAUAGCUUUGGUUUGUCUUGUAACUCCUAUAGCGACAUUUCUCUCAAAUCGAAUUGGUUCUAGAAAAUGCCUAUUGUUAGGUACAAUUAUCUCAUCGACUUUCUUAGGUUUAAGUGGUCUUUAUGAAAACUUUUGGUCCGUUUAUAUAUGUUUUGGUAUAAUUUUCGGAACGGUUGCUUGUUUGAUGAUUAAUCCAUUAUAUUUUGUUGUUAACCUCUAUUAUCCGUUCAAUCAUCCAAGACACGUCUUAGCCAAUAGCUUACUAACUUGCGGCUACCCUUUAGGAACGUUUAUCCUUAAUCCUAUAUUGGAGGCGCUAAUCAGCCAUUUUGGUUGGCAAAAAACGUUUGGUAUACAAGGCCUAAUCCUAUUUCUAAUAUGUUUUCCAUCGGCAAUGGCUAUUGUUGAACCGCACCAGUUGAACGAUGAUGAAUAUACGCUUAUUAGCGAAGAGAUAACAGUACCCCUUAUCUCUGAGAUAGGAAAGAAGAAAGAGCUGAAAAAGGUUACUAGAAUCGUUGUUGGAACUUGUUGGUUUAUGGCAACAGCAUUGAGAAGUAUAGGUUAUACAGCUCCAAUUGUGCUUCUGGUUUGUUCGUAGACAUUUUGUAUUUUCAAAUAAAAUCUCCCUCUUCUUCUCGUUCAUAGGUUCACUAUAUGACAAACUUGGGAAUAAGCUCUCAAAAUGCCAGUAUUGGAAUGUCGGUGUUUGGAUUUUUUGAAUUUUUUGGAAGGCUUCUUGUAUCAAUCUUUGGAGAUUAUAUAAAAGGAAAUUUAAUAUUAUCCUACAUAAUUGCCAGUCUUCUAUUAUCCUUGACAAACUUUUUCGCUCUAUAUACUUAUAAUUUCACAACAGUUAUUAUCUAUAUAAUCGGUAAGUUAUUUCAAAUUAAUUUCUCUUCUUUCUAACCUCUCUCCCUCUUUCUUUCUUUCUUUCUUUCAUUCAUUCAUUCUCUCUUUUUCAUUAUCCUCUAAAGCGCAAGGUUUAUUCGAUGGUCCAAUUAUGGCUGCUCAAAUGUCUACUUGUAUUGAACUGCACGACGGAAGACAUUUAGAAGAAACUUUUUCUCUAUUCAGAAUGAGCAUAGGCGUAGGUUCGUUAAUAGGACCAACGUUGGCUGGCUACUUUUACGAUUUGACAAACAGUUUUGAUUCAUUAUUCUAUUUAACUAGCUCAACUUACUUUGCUUGCACAUUAUUUUAUGCAGUUUGUCUUUUAUUAAGAAAAUUUAAGAAGGAUUGGUGGUAAACCAACAUUUUUUAUCUUCUUAAUUACAGAUAAUAAAUAAGAAUUACACUAUUAUGAUAAAUUUCUCUUUAUUGUUUGCCCGAUUCGCUCUUUAUAAGUUUAUAGGAGUAAAUGUCGGACAUAAGAAUUGUUUCAGCUUUCCUAUUUAUGACCUAUUUAUUAUUUCUGAAACAAUUCCUUGAGUCCAUCAGAACCAGCGCAUCUUAAGUUGAUUUUAUCAAGCUUUUUUCCAAUUGGCAGUUUCUUAUUCGGGAAUAGGAGAAGAAGGAAUAGAGUUGAUAUCAUUGUAUUGUAAACUUUGAUUAGGCAAUAGAGAUUCGAUUGUUGUUUCCUCCUUCCCUUCCCUUGUCUAUCAUUGGUUAAUCUGUUAAUUCUACGUCUGCUUUAUUCAACUAUUCGCUCCGAUUAGACAAUCUUUUCGCUGUCUUAAAAGUCAUAAUAAUGAUAAUAAUUUAUCAUUAAGUCAAAAAAUUCAAUUCAAUGUAUAGAUAUGAUAUUUAUAAAGUCAUUCUUCCAGGGCCUAAUUCUCUAAUCAAAAGUUACAUUUAAUAUUGAUUUAUAUUAUAUUCUUAUAAUAAAU